CGGAGCCAGAAUAAAGGCAGACUCACGCCGGAAGGAUCGACUGCUAUAUUCGAGGGUAUUCCACAUGUUUCAUUAGUUAAAGCACUAAGAUUAAACGCAACGUUUACCUGGUUACUACGUGGCCGUUACAAUAACCAGACAACAGUAUAUCACGUUGAAGGUGACACAAUGAAGAUACCAAUAGUUACACGUGACAUGGAAGGAUGGAAUGUUACUUACAGAUGUUUGGAAGACUCAGGAGAAGUUUUGGAAUUGAAUAAAACGUUAAGAGUAAUUUAUAUGAUUGCUUUGAUUAAGAAUCAACUGAUAGAAGAAGGAUCAGCAGUAUUCUUCCAAGUUCAUCCUUCACGACAGACCACUACGAAUCUGACACUUAAUCAUGUGUGGCUAUUUGAUGGUUAUAAUCUUACCCAAACUUCUCGUUAUCAAUUUCUCGAGCAAGAAGAUAAGAUUUGGAUACCAUUUGUUUCUCGCGACAUGGAUGGAAAAAACGUUACAUACAGGAGCAUAGAAAGCAACGGUGUCAUAAAUGAGAUAAACUCUACAGUGAGAGUUUCAUAUGGACCAAACUGGCCAGUUUAUUUAACACCUAACAGAAGAACGUACCAAAAGCGAGAAGGUGAUAUUGUUCCCGAAAUAACAUGCAAAAUGGAUUGCAGUCCACCGUGUAAUUUGUCAUGGGGCAUUCAUAGUAGAGACAACAUUCUAAAACUUAAACAAAUCACAAAGGAAACAGAGGGAGAAUACACAUGUACCGCAAGACGAGUGGGAACAGAUAAUACUGUCAAUGAGACGAUAUAUGUAUACGUGCAAGAAGAAACAUCUUCCCUUUUCACAGUUCCAAUUGCAGUGUUAGCAGGUAUUCAAGCAUUAUCAAUGCUUUUUAUAUGCUUCCUUCUUGUGUCCGUACUUCGUAGUAAAACGGCAAGAUUAUGGAAACUGUGUUGCCAAACAUGUCAAAGUAAAGAAAAAAGCAGGCAAACUGAUGGAUCUCCUGGCGACAAAUCACUAUCUAAUGAAUGUCAAAUGUCCCCUUUGAGUAAUGAAGCAUACGAAGAUCUACAAACAGAAACAAGGGACGGCACAAUGGAGAAUUACAACAAUGUUGAAUUGUGUGAAGUAUAUGUCAAUACAACUGUCGAUGCACAUGGACAUCUUUGAUAUGCAUCGUCUAAUUCUUACUACCCUCAACAAGUGUGGCAGAAAUUGACUCAAAACAAAAGUACGUGUCCAUAUGUGUAAACAGUUCAACAUUUCGUGCUUAUACGUCGACUUUCUGCGGCUGUUAAACCAUAACACCACAAACAUUUAUAGCUUAUUUCUCAAGUCAGCAAAGUUUUUGUAAAUAUGGACUAUCUCAUAGAAUUGUGUUUUCUAUAACUGCACAACUUAAACUGCGUUUACCUGUCAAGUUUUUACUCCAUGUACUUUUUACUGAUUAUUAAAAUGGUUCUUAAAUAUACUGAUUGAUCAUCCACGUCGGUUACAGGGUUUUUCGCUAAUUUUAACUUUAUUUUGCAAGAUGAAGGUAUACUAAUCGUUAAUGUCUCAAUAGAUGGAAAUGGGAAAAGUUUGAAUUUUAGACAUUAAAAUAUUUUGGUCUAGAAAAUUUUUAAUAUGUUUAAAACGUUUUAUAUUCUUAGGAAUAUUACUUUCAUCAAAUUCAACAUCAAAUAAAAUAAAUCAAUAAUAAUAAUAAUAAAUACAUUUUUGAAAAGUUUAUUAUAUAUUGAAAUAUUAUUCCGCAAGUACAAAAUAGUUUCUUUGAACUAUCUAUUGCGCCAGUUAAAUAAUACACAUGAUUGUACAUUACCUGACAGUGUCAAAAAUGUAAUUUGUAAUAUCGCGUACUUUGUUGAUUAGUUUGAGCUCCAUAAAGAGGGAGUAAACCUCAGAAGAACAAGCAGGGGUUGAUAUACAUUUAAUUGUUUUGAAAACGUGUUCAUUGAUGAAUGUAACUGAUACUAGUAUUUAAGCUUAGUUUCAUUAGUAAAUAAAGUUGUUUGCUCAUUAUGAUAUGUUUUUAUCAUGGAAGUAUACACAGAACUUUGUGUUUUAUGGAUUGAUCUGAAAUGCACCCACUAUGUGAUCUUGUUUAAAAUUACCCCUAUUUAUAUUUCAAAUAAGUUUGAUAUACAGUAAAAACUGCUGUUGUAAAUAAAUAUUUUUUAAAUAUUGGCUGUGCAAUUUUAUAAAUUAUUAGUAUACAAAUAGAUGUUGAUUUUUUCAUUGUUUUUCCUCAAAACUUUAAAAAUAUUUUUCUGUAUUUUUGAAGUGAUUCACUUCUUAAGGUUGUAGAUAUGUUACUAUCCCAUAUCAUGAAAUCAACUUUUCAGGGGAUAUUUUCAUUAGUUGUUUGUUAAACAGUUCAAAUAAAGUAUAUAUAUAUAAUUUAUACGAACCAAUCACCAACACAAUAUAACAGACAAAUUACGGCAAAGCGCCUAGCAGUACAAGCGAACCUGCACACACCACAACAAGUCCACUAAUCCGACAAGAAUAGUUUCGAUGCUGCUUUAUAUAAAAAACCGAAUUGUACUACACAUUCGCAAUGGUUUAAUAUUUGCAUAUGUACCCAAAUCUCUGUUAUCGUGUCUCACAAAUCAGCAGUGACAUUUUAGUUUUUUAACUGAUUGGGACCAGAGAAGCUAUAUUUUCUCUAUCUGAAAGUUAACUGGAUUUCGAGGAUACACUGAAUUUAUAGAGAUAGUUUGCAUUAAGGGAUAUAAUCCAACUCAGAACAGUUGUUUUCCCAUACGUGACAUACGCGAAAAUAAGAUCGCAUUAUAAAUUAUUAUAUAAGUAGAGAUAAUUUAUACGAACUAAUCACCACCACAAUAUACCAGACAAAUUACGGCAAAGCGUAUGGGUAAAAACGAGCGUGCACAUGCCACAACAAGUCCACUAACCCGAUAAAAUUAGUUUCGAUGCUGCUUUAUAUACACACAUCCAAAUUGUACUACAUAUAUACACACACAUUUGCAUCAAAUCACGAAUUAUCUAUACUUGCAGAUGUCAGCAAGUGGGAUGCUUUCAUUUAGUGUAAACUUAACCGAAUAUUCGAUAUGAGAAGGAAAAUGGUUUCAUAGAGACACAGAAGCGAACUUAACCAAAACGCAUGCGUUAAGUUGCAGACAUACAAUUGGCGGAGGGAUUAGUUUACAAGUUUGCUCAUUUGUGAGUGUAACGCCAACCACAUUGCUUUGGUAUUGUUGGAAUAGUGUCACAAGCAGUUGACUUUGACUGCUUCAUGUAUACAAUACAAUGCACCUUCUAAAACUUUCUACUGUUUCACACAAACUGUCUUUCUUUAAACAAUGUAAUUUUUUUUACCACUGCUUACGACAUUUGCCGUCAAAUGUUGGAUCCGUUCUGCAUACUCGAAUAGCAUUGCAUCUACUAAAUCCUCCGCCACUUUUAUCGUUUCCUGGAUAAAGUAUUUCACUUUUGUCUCCAAUUCAUCUUUAUCCUUUGUAGGGAUUUCUGUUGUGCUUUCAAAUAGAAAAUUACUAUGCAUUGAUUUUAUUGCGACUGUAAAUAAGUCAUCUCGUGUAAAAUUCCCUUCAUUUUCUCACACUGUGUCAUUUUAUCAUUUACAAGCUCCAAAGAAAGGUCAGUGCUUCUAAUGUGCCAUUUCCAAUCAUAUGAUUGUUUGAUUUUGUCUUCUAUGCGCAUAUGUUUUCAUUUUAUUAUCAAAGUUUCAAAAUUCUUUUCUAAUUUCUCAAGCAAAAUAAAACGUUUGCCCAGACGUGAUGUCUUUCCGUUUAUCUUUUUGUGCAAUUGAAUAUACUACUAAAGUACGCAGGAAUUUACCUUCUUUACAACUGGUACCCAUAUUGGAUCUCUGACGGUGGAUGCUGGUGUGCUCUGUCUGAGACUUAGAAUCCUUUCCGAAGACAGCAGUAAGAUUAAGGACACACCUUAUUGCUUUUAUGAUCAAAAUGUACCUGUUUUGUCUGGCUCAGAGUAUCGCUUACGUUUACAUCUUCCAUCCUUAGUUGCAGAAUAUCUUCCUGUUAUAUUCCCGAACAUUUUUCCUUUUGACGUCUCUCUUUCUAUUUCCUUUCCCCAUCGGAUAUUUUUCUAUGUUUCAUAUUUAUCAUCCGAUGUCACAUAUUGAACAGACACCAUGCCAAGAUCAAGAGAUGAAUAUCGCAAAUGUCGUUAAAUUUUUUUAUAAUUCUCAAAACAUAUAUGUAAAAUUAAAAAAAUAAUAUAUCUCAUUUUGUGAUUUGUCGUUGAAUAAAAUCAUUGUUUGUGUUAUAAUAAUACGUGUCUGCACGACAAACAAUGCUGUUAUUCAAGAGCAAAUCACUAAAUGAGAUAUAUUACUUCGAUUCUAAUACGUUACCAAGGAUUUUUAAGUACAUCCUUGAUGACGUCCAUCAAAUAUACCCUGUUUUCUGUUGGUUUCUUUUCUAGUGCGCCGCUAUGCCGUUUAACGCUAUGACGUAAUAAUUGUAGCGUCAGAAAAAUGAAUUGUUGUAUAAUAACACACACUUUUCAGCAUUCUUUGUUUCAUAGGAAAAUGAAUCGGGAGGUGUUAGAAUAAUGUUUUACGUAUAAUGGUUGAAAUGUGUAUACUGUUCGCAGUUUUUCAUAUUUAAGAGCUAGAUUCAUCACAUGUUGUUCAAUUACUGUAACACAGUCGGAGCAGACGUUAAAGGCAAUAUGCAAACUUAGGUUUGAUUUGCUUAAAUUUACUAACCUUUGUGUUAUAUAUUUUUUAAAAUUAUUUGACAAAUUUAUCGCUCGUAUUUUAACUUAUGAUUGUGCAAUGUAGAUAAAGAUAUAAAUGUUAUAGACAGUAGAAGGAAAAAAUAUAAUACUAGUAUAUACAUUUUGUAAUCUUAACAUGAAAUCAUGGACAUGGAACACUAUAUUUACUAGAUUCUUUAAUUUAGAUUUUUUCAAACUGUUGCAAAUAAGGGAUGUUUCAGAAUUAUGUAAGCUUUAAACUGCGUUGCAGCACUGGAAUGCACAACCCACAAACUCGACGGUGAAAAUAACAUAUAGGAUAUGUUCAUAAUGACUGUGGCAUUAUAACACCGAUAACAGAUCGGUGUUUUAGAUAUCUAACAUUGUAAAUAUUAAAAAGUUUAAGAAUGCGUUUACGAGAUUGAAGAGUGUCGGCAGACCAUUUACAAACAGAAUCAGGUAGAUGACAUAAGCCACAUAAAAUACCAACUGACCGUAGAUUAUGUAAGCUAUGUUAAAACUCUAGAGGACGAAUUCCAUUUCCUGUUUGAAUGACCUCUACAUCAAGAAAUUCGACUCGUGAAUAACUAUUGGAAAGAUUCAAACACCUUAAACAUUGAAACAGUUUGUUGACCCGAGCAUGUAUGGAUUGCAACAAAUCUAGUACAUAUAUAUAUUCAAAUGUUUUGAAAAAAUAUGUUAUACUCUACCGGCGGUAAACAUGCUCCCUCAUAAAUUUGAAAACUUGUAAAUACAGUGUAUUUGAUAUUUUUACAAUAUGUUUUUAUCAUGCCUUUGACAUGCUUUGCCUUUGACAUGCUUUUCGAAUUAAUAACUGUAUAUGAACUGUGUUUUGAUAUGCAUAUUUAUUAUAGCAUGUUAUUAUAUAUCUCAUUAUUCCAUUUUAUUAUUACU